GGAAGAUGUUGAAAAAUUUAUUAACUGCAAUUGUCUAUGAAAACAAAGCGCACGUGUUAUUUUUGUAAAGUUAUCGCUAUUUAAAAUGAAACGACUAAAUGAAGAACGAACAAAAAUUUUGUUUGAAAAACUGAAUAAAUAUAUUGGCUCAAAUGUUAAACAAUUAAUUGAUCGCCCUGACGGGACAUACUGCUUUAGAGAACACAGGGAUCGAGUAUACUAUAUGUCAGAAAAAAUAUUAAAGUUUUCAGAAUGCCUUGGCCGAGAUAAAUUAAUAUCAGUGGGAACAUGUUUUGGAAAAUUUUCGAAAUCAAACAAAUUUAAGCUGCAUAUAACUGCAUUGUAUUAUUUGGCUCCUUAUGCACAACAUAAGAUUUGGGUCAAACCUUCAUUUGAACAACAAUUCCUUUAUGGAAAUCAUAUUCCUAAAUCAGGUUUAGGAAGAAUUACAGAAAAUACCCAGCAAUAUCAAGGAGUAAUAGUAUAUUCAAUGAGUGAUUUGCCUUUAGGAUUUGGUGUGGCUGCGCGUUCAACGAUGGAUUGUAAAACUGUAGAACCCUUAUCGACAGUUUGUUUUCACCAAGCAGAUAUCGGAGAAUAUAUCAGAUCAGAAGAUAUCCUUUUUUAAUUAUGUAAAAUUAGAUUAAUUUUAUUUUACCUUCUACUGUGUAAGAUAAUCUAUACUUUAUCGCCCCUUUUUUUAUUAAAGAAGAAAAAAAUGAAAAAAGGA